CUGGCUUGGCCCUCAAACUCGGUGCUUGACUUGUUUAGCUGCGUCAGUGAACGUACGGGCAAAUCGGCGCUAAAUCCGCAUAUUUACACCUUUUUCAAUCUCAAUUGAUACUAUAACUGAAACCAAAGAUGUCUCUGUGUCGUCAGAACUACCAUGAGGAAUGCGAGGCCGGCGUUAAUAAGCAGAUUAACCUGGAAUUGUACGCAAGUUAUGUGUACUUGUCGAUGGCUUCCCACUUCAACAGGGAUGACGUUGCUCUGAAGGGCGCUACAGAGUUCUUCAAAAAGAACUCCGAUGAGGAGCGUGAGCAUGCCCAGAUUCUGAUCAAGUUCCAGAACCAGCGUGGUGGCCGUGUUGUCUACCAGGACAUCAAGAAACCCGAGAAGGAUGCCUGGGGCAGCUUACAGGAGGCCAUGCAAUCUGCCUUGGAUCUUGAGAAGCAUGUCAACCAGGCUCUCUUGGACUUGCAUGCCGUUGCUGGCGGCAAGAAUGAUGCCCAGAUGUGCGACUUCAUUGAGAACCACUUCCUGACCGAACAGGUUGAGGCCAUCAAGGAAUUGGCGGAUCACAUCACCAACCUGAAACGCAACGGGCCCGGGCUCGGAGAGUUCAUCUAUGACAAGGAACUCUCGUCAUAAUCUGUUUAUUACGUCAAAGGAUACCGCAAAAUUGCUUAUAGGAAUGAACUUGUGUAAUGCUGAAGAUCUUUAUGUAUGAUGUAUAAUCACUGUGCUGACUCCUCUUCUUCCUCAGUGGGCAUGUCUGAAAUGUAUACUUUGCUCAGUCGUGUUACUGACAAGAGCGUAUCUCGACUGAGGAUGAACUGUUGUUACCAUCAAACAUAAAUAGAAAACAGUAAAAAAGUAGAUACAUUGUAAUUCGUAUUCAUCAAAAUCUAGCACUUUGAGUAAGUCUUGAAACUAUUCCUCACUUAUAGAGUGGUGGAACAAAAGCGGUAUUCCUGAACCAACUCCUCUGCAUGAAAAUAUCUUUGGUUCAUUUAUUGUAUCGAAAAAAACAACAUCACCAUUCCCAUGUCCUCCUGACUAGACCCCCUUGCUAUCUCACGUUUGUUAUCUCAUAUCAACAAUAGUUCUCUAUCGCGUGUUAUUUUUGUUUGGUAUUUUAUUUCUGUAACUGAAACAACGUAAAUGAGGUUUAGAUCCCAAGUGCAAUUUUACUAUUGUUCAGUGAGGCUUGGAUUAACAAGGGAUAAACAAUAAAUGAUGUUAAGAACA